AUGGACAAGGAUGGCCAAAAGCCGAAGACCUAUGUAUCCACCUUCAGUUUUGCCCUCAACUCUCAGAGCCGACCGGGCAGUGUGGGGAAGCAGGGCCAGAAUGGACUGGAAACCACUAACAGGAUGUUAUCUGAAAACAAGAAACCAGGAGUCUCCUCUGCAACAGAUGUCAAACAGGUAAAAGUUGAGAGUUCGGAAAGGCCCCGCUUCAGAGAACCACUCAGAGACUGUACAGUCUGUGAUGGUGGUGAAGCUACAUUAGAAGGAGUUAUCACAGGAAGUCAACCUCUCAGUGUUUCCUGGAAACAUAAUGGAAAAAUUGUGAAUUCCAGUAAUACUUCCAUGAAAAAUGGUGUCGCCUGUCUGACACUGACUCAGUGUUCAGCUGGAGACACUGGGGUUUACACCUGCACUGCCCAGAAUUCCGCAGGAAAGAGGUCCAGCAGUGCCACCUUACAAGUACUAGCAAAAAAGGAAAUUUCCAGAACAAACAACCAUGAGAGGCACAGUGAGGUCUCAUUCAAGGCUCAAAACUCUGAACCGUCCCCACGCUUUGAAGGAGAAAGUCAACACAGAUACGAAAAGGAUAAAGUUAUCAGAAAGCACAGCGUUCAAACAAAAGCCUUCUCUAGCCAAGGGCCUCCAGUGGAGUUUCUGGACCCACCGGACACAGUGGAGGUUCGGGUGGGCGAGCAGGCACAGAUUCAGUGUGACUUCAGAAGCAGCUCUGUCCCUGUGGCCUGCUGCUGGAUUUACAAUAAAGUCAAGGUGGUGACGGGGUGCCCUCGGACGUCUGUCAGGAGCACGAGGACACAAAGCUGCGUGGUCAUCUCUCAGGCUGUCCCAGAUGACACGGGGCUGUAUACGGUCAUUGUACGAAACAGAGCCGGCUCUGCUCAGCACACAGUUUCCCUCAGUGUCAUAGACCGGCCAUCUCCGCCAGCAUCCCAGCCUGUUUUUUCCCGGCUCUCCACUCAGUCCCUGGUCCUGUCCUGGACUGGUCCCAGCUACGACGGAGGCACAGCCGUGCUGGGCUACAUCGUGGAGGUCUGCGAAGAAGGUCCGGACACCCCUGGGAGCUGGACUGAAAUAAGCCGGAGUAAGAACACAUCGUACCACAUCCGCUCCGGCUUGGAGCCACUGGGACAGUACUGCUUCCGUGUCAGAGCCUAUAACUCAGCAGGAAUCAGUGAACCGAGCCAAGAAUCUGAGAGGGUCAAGAUGGCAACUGAAAUGGGAAAGAAAGAAGAGCCAGAGUCCUUUGUCACAGUGACAAUUGACACCAAACAUAAGGUCAAGGACCAUUAUGAUGUGAAGGAGAAGCUGGGAUAUGGAAAGUAUGGAGAAGUCUUCCGGUUAACCCACAGAGAGACGGGCCGGGUAUGUGCAGGAAAGUUCUACCGGGCUCGUUCCUCAAAGGAGAAAUCGGAAGCUCGCAAAGAGAUUCAACUCAUGAACAAACUUCACCACUCAAAACUUGUCCAGUGUCUGGCUGCCUAUGAUACUCGCUCAGAGAUCGUCAUGGUCAUGGAAUAUAUUGCAGGUGGGGAACUCUUUGAACGCAUCGUGGACGACAACUUUGAGCACACAGAGACCAACAGUGCCCGCUACGUGCAGCAGAUCCUGGAGGGCAUUCAGUACGUUCACAAGCAGAAUAUCGUGCACCUGGAUCUUAAACCGGAGAACAUUGUGUGCGUGGAUACGACGGGGACGCGGAUCAAGAUCAUUGACUUUGGCCUGGCCAGCGAGCUGGAGGAGGGCAAACCUCUAAUGGUGAUGCAUGGAACGCCAGAGUUUGUUGCCCCUGAGGUCAUAAACUAUGAACCUGUCAGCCUGGAAACUGACAUGUGGAGCAUUGGAGUCAUCUGCUUCAUCUUGCUGAGUGGAGAGUCCCCCUUCCAGGGAAACAAUGAUGCGGAGACUUUUGCGCUUGUGACAGCUGCCCGCUACGAGUUUGACCCGGAGACUUUUGAAGACAUCUCUGAUGAAGCUAAGGACUUCAUCAGCUCUCUGCUGAGGAAAGACCAGAGAGGUAGGCUGUCAUGUACUGAAGCCCUGGCCCACUCCUGGAUGGCCUCUUUUACCCCUCUGAACCGCAGACCCACAAAGUGCCUCAACAAAGACAGGAUGAAGCGCUUUCUGGCUAGGCGCAAAUGGAAGAAAACUGGCCAGGCUGUUUUGGCCCUAAAGCGAAUGGCUAACCUCUCCAACAAGCCAGACUCUCCUGGCAGCUCCUCAGAGGAGCCAGGCUGGAGCCAAGAGGCAGAGGCGGCCAUCCAGUCGCUUGACAAGCAGCUGCAGAUUGAGCCCCGCUUCCAGCAGCCCCUGAAGGACGCCACCCUUCCAGAGGGAGCCACUGCUCAGCUCGUGUGCCUUGUUGAUGGCUAUCCCCAACCGGAGGUGAGCUGGCUACAGAAUGAAGAGCCGGUGGCUGCAUCGUGCAGAGUGACCAUUGAGUGUGAUGAAGAUGGGCUCUGCUCUCUGGUUCUGGCUGACUUGAAGCCUUCUGACUCUGGGGUUUAUGUGUGCAGAGCCAAGAACAAGCUGGGGGAAGCAUUGUGCUCUGCAAAGCUGAAAGUGGAGCUGUAA